AAGAUUGCGUUGACGAGAGAGUAGCUUAACUAAGAAACAAAGAUGCAAAGAUCAAACCUUCUGUUCUUAUCCUUGAUGCUGGUUGGGCUGCUGUGGGGCAGUACUCAAGCAAAGGCUCUCCCGUUGUCACACUCUCAAGACGUCCACGGACAGGAGUGUGGCCAACUUGCGAAAGCUGUGCUAUCAAACAUCAGUGAACUUCUGAAGGAUAAAGAACAGUUCAAUGGCUUUAACUGCUCCGAGAUGACUGCGAAGGUGCACAGCAAGACUUCAACAGUAUCAUCAUGUACUCCGACGGUCUCGGGUCAGGGAUGCUCGGGCCAAGUUGCUCAGAACACACAGUUCAAUAAGGCCGACUGUUUGGUGAACAUCCGCGCCGACAUGGAGUACUACAAGAGGUUGUUGGAAGCGCAGCGAACCCAGCACAGCAAACUCAGCCAGGUGGUGAAGGCCACCAGUAACAUGCUUGAGAAAUGCAACUGGUCGACUUCUGAGAGCGCACCACCAUCUGAAACGGUGUGUGCCUCUGGAGACUCGUUUAGUGACCGCAUGUGUCUGUGUGAGGUGGUCCAGGGCUUCCAGCUACGGGCCAUCACCAUCACCCGAGCCCUCAACUACAUCGCCUCUGGGGAUUACCAGAGCUAAGCCUUCCUCACCCCCAACUAUGUCAUCAUCAUCAUCAUCCUCGUUCUCUUCCUCCUCCAGUAAAGUAUAAAUCAGUAUGGAUCAUACAUCUUUUACAAAAAAGCUAUAUCUGGCACACUGGGAAAUCCUCCGAUCCAAACCGAACCUCCAGCUCGUGUUCUUAUCGACUACAGACGUAACGCUGCACACCAGAGCAAUACUGGCCCCAGACCAGUGCUCAGUAACUACAGUGAUUAGUGUAUAAGCUUCUUCCAUUGGG